CAGUGCGCGUCAUGGAGCAGUCGAGUGUUUAAAGAACCCUGAGGUUCUGGUGGCGGAACUUGUGCACAGCGCUUGAGUAACGAUGACUGAGUUGUACAAGACAUCCAGGCAAAGUAAAUAUAAACAAAAAACAGAGUAGCAUCUCUUCUUCAUCAGAAGUUGUAAUUUGAUGGACUAAAACCACAGGCUUCUGGAUUUUCUCAGGAAUUUUGAACGGUAAUGGGAGUCCAAGGCUUGUGGAAACUUCUUGAAAGCACAGGAAGGCCAAUAAACCCAGAGACUCUGGAAGGGAGGAUACUUGCUGUUGAUAUUAGCAUUUGGUUGAACCAAGCUGUGAAAGGCAUCAGAGACCGUGAAGGAAAUGCUGUUCAGCAUGCUCACUUGCUCACUUUAUUCAAUCGGCUUUGCAAGCUCCUUUUUUUCAAAAUAAAACCUAUAUUUGUUUUUGAUGGAGAUGCACCUCUGCUCAAACUACAAACACUGGCUAUUAGAAGGCAGAGAAAGGAAGAUGCAGCAAAAGAGUCUAGGCAGACAUCAGAAAAACUACUCAAAACAUUUUUGAAAAGACAAGCCAUUAAAGCAACUUUGGGUGACAAAAGUCAAGAUGUUCUGCCUAGCAUUUCUAGUAUUCGAAGAGAAGAAGUGGAUGAUACUUACAAUUUACCUCCAUUGCAAGACCAGGAACGUAACAGUUAUGAAGAAGAAGCAGAAAGAGAUUGGGAAGAGAUGUCUACGAACAGAAAAAAUUUUCAGGAACAUUUUUUUGAAGAUCCUAACUCUAUAGAUAUUGACUCAGAGGAAUUUACCACUCUGCCUGCAGAAAUAAAACAUGAAAUUCUUAAGGAUAUGAAGGAGUUCAGUAAGAGGCGAAGAACAUUAUUUGAAGCACCCCCAGAGAAAUCGUCAGAUUUUUCACAGUAUCAGUUGGCUGGCUUACUGAAAAGAAAUAAUUUAAACCAGCGAAUAGAGAAUGUUGAAAAGGAAAUGAACCACCAGACCUCAGGCCUCAUCCAAAAUGAGUUUGGCUUGGAUGGAGUCCAUGAAAGUAAUAUGGAAACACGAAGGCUCGUUUCUGAAGAUACAUCACAUUACAUUCUUAUAAAAGGAGCAAAGAAAAAUGAGGAGGUUGCUAAGGAAAAUGAAACGGUACAUUCUAAAGCUAGUACUUCCACAUUAUGUGGCACUUUUAAUAAAAAACAAAUGCCUCUCUGGAGCCCCGUUACUCAAGGUCAUCUGAGUGAUUCUACAUAUUCUAGCCAUGCAGAAAAAGUGACUGCGUCAGAAUUGAAGGAUGAAAAUAAUUUGGAGACAUUAGGAGCCCCACCUUCCCCCAGAACCUUGUUGGCCAUACAAUCAGCUAUGGAAGAUAGUUAUUCAGAUGAAGACUUUAAAAUAGAGGGCACUGAAACAGAAUCAAAAAAGGAAAGUGUUUGUAUGUCACAUAAUCAUAAUAAGGAGGCUCUGUCACCAAGAACACUCUUGGCCAUUCAGAAAGCUCUAAGUGAUAAUGAAGAAGAAAUACCUGAUUUACACUGCCCAAGUAAUCAACCAGAGUUGAAGAAAGAAGGUUCCAUUUGUAGCUCAAAUGAGGAUAAAAAAGUAAUUGUGGAAAUAAUGCAUGAAAAAAGAAAAAAAUCACUAACAGUCUUUGAAGAUGAUCCAUUUCCAAAAGGAGCGAUGACAUAUCCAGAGAUAAGUGAAACAACUAAAAGCAGCUUUCCAUCUGAACCAAAGCACUCUUCUGAAAAAGUGUUUGCCAUAAAUGUGGAAAGUGUACCAAAUGAAGAUAUUUUAAAAACAAGCUCUGAAGCAUCACCUAAUUCACAUUCCACCAAGACCAUCAAGGAUACCACAGUAUUAUCACCUGCAAAUUUGAGUCAAAAAAUUAAUGAUCAUAUUAAAUUACUUUCUACAUCAGAUCACUCAUGUAAUGCAGAUAUUCCUGAAAAUCUAAAAAAAGAAAAUAUCAUGGUCUCUUUUUCCUCACAAACAUUAAAGCAAGAUUUAAUUUAUACAAAAAAUGUGGACAUGGACGCAGAAACUGAACAGAGUGAUUCAGAAGAAAGCUUCAUUGAAGUAUCUGAAGAAUCUUCCUCUGAACCAAUUGUUCAGCUUUCAGAAGAGGCAUAUAAAGCACCAGAAUUACAUAUUGAGUCUGCACCUUCUUCAAGUAUGCCUUCACAUCUGACUAUUUCUAAACCAGAAACCAUGCCAUCCACAUCAGAUGAGAAUUGUGAUGAGGAAGUGAAUGUGAACAUACAGAAUGACUCAGAAAGGGAUAAGGAAAAAGAAGACAAGCCAGCUUGGGAAGAUAUAACUCUGGAGGAGCUUGAAGUUCUUGAAAGGAACCUGUCUAUGCAGCAAAGCAGCUUACAACAGCAGAAACAACAACAGGAACGUGUUGCUAAAACUGUUACAGGCCAGAUGUAUCUGGAAAGUCAGGAACUUUUGCGACUUUUUGGAAUUCCUUUUAUUGUGGCACCAAUGGAAGCAGAAGCACAGUGUGCCUUUUUGGAUAUUACUGAUCAGACCAGUGGUACUAUAACAGAUGACAGUGAUAUUUGGUUGUUUGGAGCACGAAAUGUUUACAAGAACUUCUUUAACCAAAACAAAUAUGUGGAAAAUUAUCAGCUUGUUGAUCUUCAGAACCAGCUAGGUUUAAACCGAAGUAAACUAAUUAAUCUGGCUUAUUUGCUGGGUAGUGACUACACUGAAGGAAUUCCUGGUGUUGGAUAUGUCACUGGCAUGGAGAUUUUAAAUGAGUUUCCAGGACCAGGAUUAGAACCACUAAUUAAAUUCUCCAAGUGGUUUGCUGAAGCUCAGGAGAACAAAAAGAUAAGAGAAAAUCCCAAUGACACUCGAGUGAAAAAGAAACUCCGGCAUUUGAAGGUUCCUCCAUAUUUUCCCAAUACUGCUGUGCAAGUAGCAUAUUUGAAACCAGUGGUUGAUGAUUGUCAUGCUGAUUUUUCAUGGGGUACACCUGAUUUGGACCUAAUAAAAGAAUUUUGUGGGAGUCGAUUUGGCUGGAGUGGGAAAAAAACAGAUGACAUUUUGUUGCCUGUGAUGAAACAGCUCAACGCUCAUCAGACCCAGCUGCGCAUUGACUCUUUCUUUAGGCUGGAACAGCAUGAGAAGCAAGCUAUUAAAAGUCAACGUUUGCGCAGAGCAGUCACUUGCCUUAAAAGAAAAAAAUGGGAAGGCAAGGUUGAUGAUGAUGAUGAGGAGGAGGAGGGUUAUGAGCAAACAGAGAAGGCAAAUAAGUCUGCCAUCAUAGAAUGUUGCAGCAAAACUGAAGUCAAAAGAAAAGAUAGAAAAACAAAGGAGAAAAAAUCAUCUUUAAAUCUCAUGAAUGAAAAGAUCAUAAAUCCUGAAGAAAAUACAUUGUUUGGUGGUGGAUUCCUAGUUUCUUCUUCUCAAGAUGUAGGUGUGGAUAACUGUGAGGGACAAGUAUCCGAACCUGUCAAGUAUCCUCAAGGUUCUUCAUUUAUUAGAGGAGAUUCAGUAACAACCAAAAGACACAAUAACAUGAACAUAGUCCAUGAUACCCCCAAAACAGUCAGCAGCAGUUCCAGUGAUGAUACAGAUGAAGAUCGUGAACUUCAUUUAGUCUCUGCAAAACCAGUUUUCACCAACCAAAGAGUGCAAAUGUCUAAUACUACAUCAACUAAAAAGCCAACGGACAUCAGCAAUGUAUGUCAGAUUUGAUUAGCCGACAGCAGCUGCCUCUAGACUAGAUUUAUUUUGAAAUAUUUCCAGCGAAUACUGUUGAAUCCUGGGAUUAAAUUAAUCUUUCCACUAUGUAUCCCAUCAUCC